AUGAGAAUGCUUCUGCAUUUGAGUGUGCUCGCUCUUGGAGCUGCCUACUUCUCUGUCACUGCUGUAGCAAGUCCCAUGAAUAGACUGGUGGCGGAGACCUUGACACUGCUCUCCACUCAUCGAACUCUGCUGAUAGGCGAUGGGAACCUGAUGAUUCCUACUCCUGAACAUGAAAAUCACCAACUAUGCAUUGAAAAAGUCUUUAAGGGAAUAGACAUAAUGAAGAAUCAAACCGCACAAGGGGAUUCUGUGGAAAAACUAUUCCAAAACUUGUCUUUAAUAAAAGAAUACAUAGACCUACAAAAAAAAAAGUGUGGAGGAGAAAGACGGAGAGUAAAACAAUUCCUAGACUACCUGCAACUGUUUCUUGGUGUAAUAAACACUGAGUGGACAACGGAAAGUUGAGACUAAACUGGCUUGUUGUAGUGAAAGGUGUUGGAGGAGGAGAGGAUGUUUUAUUGCAAUGAGAAUGAGGGCCCAUCAAGGGUGGAGCCUUAAAGUUCAGUGUAAUUAAACGUCAGAGGCAAAGUAAAUAUUUCAGGCACACUGC